CAGUUAUGCAGCACGUACGGAAUUGUGGCGAACAAAUCUUCAUAAUUUCUAGGAAAGGUGGAACUCUAUUGGCCAUCAACGAUUUUAUAUACCGAUCCAAUUUAAAGCGCUUCGGUGUCAAUUCCGACAAAGUGUACUGGGAGUGUAUUCACAAUCGUUCCAAGAAAUGCCGUAGCAGAUUGAAGACCAUCGGUGACGAUUUAUAUGUUACCAACGAUGUUCACAAUCACGCAGGCGAUCGCCAGCGAAUAGAAUUAGCUAAUAAAUCAGGAAUUUUGAUACGUAAAAAGUUCAGUGCAAUUGGAUUACCUGCCUAUACAAACAAUAAACCUAUAUACCAAUGAACACAUU